CUUGGAGUUUUACUAUUAGGCAGAGACGUUUCGGUUGGUGGUGCUAUUUGAUUUCAUUUCCCAUCAGCAGAAGAAGAUGUCUUUCGGGAAUGUGGCUGCUGCGUGUCCCUAGGGCUUUCCAGUCGCUCUGUUCCUUUGUUGCAAAGCAUGUGGCCCCCUGUGCCGAGAUGCAAAGCGCUGCAGCCCUCCCACUCGCUGGACUCUCAAACAACGUGAGAACAUUCAAAAGCCUUGGAGGGCCGUCUGAGAUCUUUACUCAGGCCCGCAUUUGGAAGGGAGGUCUGCUAUCUAGCUUAGAAAAGCCAGCAUUCCUGGGGGAUCUGCCGUCAAGGAAAACUAGAGCAGGGAGGCUUGUGUCGCACGAUCGGCUCUCCAAAAGGAAAGGCAACAAAUCCCUGGAGUGGAGGCGGGCCAGGGAGAGCUGGCUGCACAGAUUGUCAGCAGGGCAAGCCGUGCCAGCCGCAAAGCUGCAUGAGCUUCUCGUGAGCGAACCCCAGGAGCUACAGAAAACCACUUUACGGCCUCAGAAAGGGGAGCUACAGAAAACCACCCCAAGGCCUCAAAAAGCAACCCCAAAGCCGUACCACCAGCCAUCGCUGGACUCCCGAAAACCUCCUCAACCUCGUUCUCCGAAAGAAGCUCAGAGGAUGGAAAAUCCAAACCAGAACAAGCGGAAGCGGAAGCACCAGGGGCCGGAGUCUGAGUGGCGUGGCAAACUAGAUAUGUGCACAAAGUUGAGGGACGUGGGGGGGGCGCUACGACUGGUGCAGGAGGGGGUGGAUGGUGGUUUCCGCUUCCAAGCGCGCAACUUCAACCAGGUUCUAUACCUUUGCGCAGCGGCGGCGUCUGGUGAGCCUGAAGUUGGCGGUCCAGAGGCGUCCGAAAAAGGCGACAUUGCUGGGACGUCUGAAAACGGCGGCAUCGCUGGGGCUACUGACGACCGCGGUGUAUUGGAAGCUGCAGAAAGGGGGAGCGGGGAGGACACUAGACAGGGGAGCGAAGGGACGGACGGAGACGCUGGGUCGUCGGUGAUUGACAAGGGUUGGGAGGUGUAUGAGCUUAUGCAGCAGCAAGGCGUCACACCCAAUGAAGCCACCUUCACCUCCAUGGCGCGAAUCGCUGCCGUUUCCGGCGACGGCGAUCGCGCGUUUGCACUCGUCAAACAGAUGUCCGCAGCAGGCAUUUCCGGCCGAUUACGCUCGUACGGCCCAACUCUAGCAGCUUUUGCAAAGGCGGGCCGGUUAGAAGACGCUUUUGAGGUCGACGAGCAUAUGUUAGCGGCAGGAGUAGAACCCUUGGAAGCGGAACUCGCAGCGUUGUUGUCGGUUAGCGCAGAGAGCGGGAGGGCGGACAAGGUGUAUGCGCUGCUGCACCGGUUGCGGGUGACUGUAAAACUGGUCAGCCCCGAAACGAUUGCCAUUCUCGAACGGUGGUUCUCUUCCGAGGCAGCCUCCGCGCAUGCGAGCGGCUCUUUCUCUCCAGAAGAGAUCAAGUCCGCUGCCGAAAAGGCCACGGGGGGUGGCUGGCACGGCAAGGGUUGGCUCGGAAACGGAGCUUGGACGGUGGAGAAACGGAGGAUCGAAUCGAACGGCCGUUGUAGCACCAGCGGAGAAACGCUCGCGGCCGUCGAUCUGGAUCCUGCGGAACGGGAAGGGUUUGCGGGGGCGGUGGCGCGGUUGGCGUGCGAACGGGAGCAGCAGCCGGAUGACUUUCGGAACUUCCAGAGGUGGCUGGACGAGCAAGGGGAGAUGUUUGCGGUGGUGGAUGCGGCCAACGUGGGGCUGUACAAGCGGGUGCAUUCGGACGGGAGCAUGGCCUGGCCGCAGGUCGACACGGUCAUGAGCGGAAUGAAGGAGCUGGACCCGUCCGGGCGGUGGCCGCUGCUCGUGUUGCACCAGCGGAGGACCAAGGGCGCGCCCGCCACGCGCGCAUUGAAGGCGUACCGGGAUGAGUCGCGGUUCUACGGGACGCCGUACGGCUCCAACGACGACUGGUAUUGGCUGUAUGCCGCGGUUAAGAAAAAUUGUUACCUGGUAACCAACGACGAGAUGCGCGACCACAUCUUCCAGCUGCUCGGGGACAACUUUUUCCCCAAGUGGAAGGAGCGCCAUCAGGUACGGUUCACAAUGCACGAGGACGGCGAUCUGUUCGAACUCCCGCCGCCGUUCUCCACCUGCAUCCAGGAAUCGCUCGAAGGUUCGUGGUACUUCCCGAUCAGGGAUUCGGACGAGUGGCUAUGCUGUCAUAGACGGCGGCCCACGGAUCAAGAUACUGCAUUAAAACCGUAGAGAACGAUUCUGCCUGAGCGUUGAAAAUUUUAGCUAGCGCCUUUCUACCGUACGCAACACCAUGAGGAUCUAUGUGACUCGGCGCUUUCCGAAUCAGAAAGGCCGUCUUUUGCGACAUACGGUUUGUACUGG